UCCUCAUCCAUAACAAUAACCACCCAAUCCGACGCCAACUCCCUCUCCUCCUGCUCCACCAUCUCCGGAACCCUCAGUCUCUCCACCUCCGCUUCCGGAUCCAUCUCCCUCUCCAACAUCCAAACCAUCAACGGCGGACUCACCAUCCAAGACGUCUCAUCCCUGACAUCCUUUUCCGCAUCUGAUCUACAAACCGUGCACGGAAAGAUCUAUAUCGCUGAUAAUGAGAGACUGAGUAAUCUCUCCCUCUCCGAUCUGCAGACUGUCGGCGGGGAAAUUGAUAUCGAAGGGAAUGAUGAUCUAAGAGAUUUGGUGUUUGAGGAUUUGCAAAAGGUCGAGGGGGCGUUGAUUUUGAAGGGCGUGUUUGAUGAGAUCAAAUUCCCCUCCCUCAAACACGCCAAAGGCCAAACGGUCAUUGACUCCCACGCGGGCUCAUUCCGGUGCUCCAGCUUGAAUUCCUUGCGUGACGGUGACGAUGAUGACGACGAUGAUAACAACAACAACCAUAAGCGCAGCAACAACAACGGGGUCUUCCAAGGUUCAUACACCUGUACAGACGGAUCCAGCGGACUCAGCACGGGCGCCAAAGCCGGUAUCGCCAUUGCAGUGAUCGUGGUCGUCCUACUCAUCCUCUUCCUCGUGUGGAUGGUAUUUCGAAAGCAGAGAAUCAAGCGCAGGCGGAAUAAUACCCAGAAUGGAUAUACGGCUGUUGGGGUGGUGCGGGAUGAGGAGAAAGUCAUGGGAUAUGAGAAACCACUUCCACUUCCACUUCCGAUACCCAGUACUAUGGUCGGGAGGAACAGGGAUAGUGAUCCCAUCGGGGUCGGUAAUAUUCCCCGGAAGCCGUUGUCACCGCCGCCGCUGCCAGUGGAGGUAAUGGAUGAGGAUAGAAAUAGGGAGUCCAUGUUGUCGACUUCGCCGCCUGUUCCUGCUGCAUUGAUGCCCGGAGAUCGUUCGUCUGCAUCGCCCCCGCUUGAUUCCGAUGGGAGGUCGCUGUUCUUGCAUCCAAUUCCACGCCGACGACCAUCCGAGACAGAUGUCCCAUUAUUGGAUAGUGGAGAUGUUCACGAAGCGCCGGGGAGUCCGAUGCGGAGGGAAACGUUCGAGUUGGAUGCUGGACCCGUGCGAGGGACGCAUCAGCAGCCUAUUAAUCAUGAGUAG